AUGGACAGGUUCUACAACAUGCAAGAAGCCAGAAGCUCCAUCAAUGCCCUCGUUGAAGACAGGAUGAAGAAAGACCCUCAUCAUCUCAUGCAGAUAGCACAGGUGAGCAGUAACAGAUGGCUUCAUAAAACCAUAGAGACAGUUCCACAGGAUAUAACAGCAUUCAAAGAAGCAGAACUUGCAUUCAAUGACAAUGCACAGUGCUGGCACUUGAUACAUUAUGCAGGGACCAUGGAUGCAGUGGACGAGAUGAUUUUCACUGCCACAGGCACACUAGUGGUGAUGGACUUGCCACCAAUUCUAAAAGAGUAUUCAUAA